UCUCUCCAACCACCUACUAAGGCGCCAUGGGAUUUCACACAACACCGACCGUCCAGGCACCUCUUGCAGCGUUCCCGCUGCUACAGCAGCGAAAGGUAAAGUCAACUCUGCAGAAGCCUCAGGUCUCGCCUGCAUGUUUAGUCAGAGACUAGGCCAAAACUCAGCUCGGGCGAAAAACAUCACGGCAACAAUUGCCAAGUUUAUCUGCAAAGACAUGCGACCCUACAGUGUGGUUGAAAAUCCGGGAUUCCGUGAAAUGAUUCAAACAUUGGAGCCAAGGUACACAAUACCAAGCCGACCACACUUCUCAGAAAAGGUUAUUCCUGCAUUGUACGAAAGUACUAAGAAUGAUGUGAAGCUGUCGCUUUCUCAAGCUGAACGAGUAGCGAUAACGACAGAUGGCUGGACGUCAUGCUCAAAUCAAGGGUAUGUGACAAUUACCUCUCAUCACAUUGAUCCGGAGUGGAAAAUGAAGACCUUUGUUCUGCUAACCAGAGUUUUAAAUGAAGCCCAUACUGGUAAAAAUAUUGGCGCGUUACUGCGUGAAGCCUGCAUGGAGUGGAAAAUCUACGACAAGAAUCCUGCCAUCGUCACAGAUAACGCCAGGAAUAUGAUUGUGGCCGGUGCAGAAGCCCAGUUCAGUCCACACAUUACCUGCUUCGCACAUACACUCAACCUUGCCUCGCAGAAGGGUUUGGGGGUGGACCGUGCUUCCAGGUUGUUGGGGAAAGUGCGAAAAAUGGUUGGAUAUUUUCACCGCAGCCCGAUUGCAUGUCACGCCCUACAGGAAAAACAAACUCUGAUGGAUUUACCAAAACAUAAACUGAUCCAAGACAUAAUCACCAGAUGGAACAGUUCAUUCGAAAUGCUUGAACGUUUUUUGGAACAACAGCCAGCUAUAAUGGCAACUCUGAUGUCCAAGGAUCUACGAAAGGGGGUCACAGAUGUAGGCACGCUGAGUGAGAGUGAUAUUGCCAACAUGGAUGACAUUGUUCAGUUGAUGGGUCCUGUCAAAAUGGCAACCACUGUGAUGUGUGAAGAAGACCAGCCAACUCUCUCUGUAAUUGCUCCUCUUCAAGCAAAACUGCUGAAACACCUACAGCCAUGCGAAGACGACUCAACCCUGGUUGCAGAGAUUAAGAGGGUGAUGGCCAGUGACCUCUCCACACGCUACAGAGGCACCCAAGAUGCUCUCAACAUAGCAUCAGCGUUGGACCCGCGAUUUAAAGAACUGCCCUACCUGGAAAAAAGAGGACAGAGAACAGGUCUACACAAAACUGGUUUUUGA